GUCUGGGUGUUGGGCGGGACUCUGCUGCUGGAUAAUAUGCUGGAAGUGCCUAUAGACGCGAACUCUCCAAGAUGCAGGGAGCAGUUUUUCUCCUGGGUCUCCUGGGGGCCAUGUCAGGGAGAGAAGCGCUACACCUUGUCCACUUGCCGGCUACAAGCACCGUGGCUGAAAAUUCUCCACCUGAGACGCCAGUGCACAAGUUUUCUGUGAACUUAUCAGCCUCGCUGUCUCCUGUGAUCCCAGGGUGGCCCCUGAUCAUCAACACGAGCCCCCUCACUGAGGCCUUCAAAGUGAACUGGCUGUCAGCCACCGACUUUGAGGUUGUCACCACGGGGAAGGAACAACUAGACUUUGAAACAGGACCAAACAUAUUUGAUUUGCAGAUUUAUGUUAAGGAUGAUGUUGGUGUCACUGACCUUCAGAUCCUGACUGUCCAGGUAACAGAUGUGAAUGAGCCACCUCAGUUUCAAGGCAACUUGGCACAAGGUCUAGACCUCUACAUACUGGAAGGAACAAACCCGGGAUUCAUCUACCAGGUUGAAGCCUUUGAUCCGGAAGACAUAAGCCGAAACAUACCCCUCAGUUAUUUCCUGAUCGCCUCCUCAGUGAACUUCAGGAUGUCUGCUAAUGGGACCCUUUUCUCCACAAUAGAAUUUGACUUUGAAGCAGGACACAAGAGUUUCCUUCUGCUUGCGAGAGUGAGAGAUAGCCAAGGGCUCGAAGCCUCCACAAUGCUCCAGGUGAACAUUGUGAAUGUCAACGAUGAAGUCCCGCGCUUCACCAGCCUGGCGCGAGUGUACACGAUUGCCGAGGAGCUGGCUUCAGGCACCAUUGUGGCCAGUGUCACCGCGGAGGACCCCGACGAUAAGGGUUCCACCAGCUUCCUGCUCUACAGCAUCACGACUGCUAGCCGCUAUUUUGUGAUCAACCAGUUGACCGGUACGAUCCACGUGGCCCAGAGGCUAGACCGAGACGCAGGUGAAUUAAGACAAAAUCCCUCCAUUUCCCUGGAAGUUCUGGUGAAGGACAGACCCUCGGGAGGUCAAGAGAAUCGCAUGCAGAUAACCUUCAUCGUGGAGGACAUUAAUGACAACCCGGCCACGUGCUCCAAGACCUCCUUCAGCAUUAUGGUGCCUGAAAGAGCAGCCAAGGGGACGUUGCUUCUGGACCUGAACAAGUUCUGCUUUGAUGAUGAUAGCAAAGCACCAAACAACCAAUUCAACUUCACCACGCCAUCUGGAGUGGGGAGCAGCGGCAGAUUUUCACAGGAUCCAGCUGGCUCUGGGAAAAUCGUGUUGGUUGGUGACCUAGAUUAUGAAAAUUCAAGUAAUCUAGCAGCUGGCAAUAAGUACACCGUGAUAGUCCAGGUGCAGGACGUUGCCCUUCCUUACUAUAAAAACAACAUCUACAUUUAUAUCUUCACAAAGCCCGAAGACGAGUUUCCUCUUGCCUUUGACAGGCCGUCCUAUGUAUUUGAGGUGUCAGAAUUAAGGCCAGCUCGAACCCGGGUUGGACUAGUGCGCGCCACCGAUCAAGACUUCCCCCAGAGCAGGGUCGUGUAUUCCAUCUCCAUGGGAGGAGCCAGCCUCCAGUACCCAAACAUAUUUUGGAUCAACCCCCAGACGGGAGAACUCCAGCUGGUGACAAGAGCAGACUACGAAACGACCCCCAUCUAUAUUCUCAGAAUCCAGGCCACCAACGGCGAGGACAGCAGCUCAGUCACUGUAACUGUGAACAUCCUUGAAGAAAAUGAUGAAAAGCCAGUUUGUAUGCCAGACUCUUAUUUCUUGGCCAUCCCAGUGGAUCUGAAAGUUGGCACAAACAUUCAGAAUUUCAAGCUGACGUGUACCGACCUGGACUCCAGCCCCAGGUCGUUUCGUUACUCCAUGGGCCCAGGCAACAUCAACAGUCAUUUCACCUUCUCUCCCAGCGCCGGGUCCAACGUUACAAGCCUGCUCCUUGCAACACGCUUUGACUAUGCCAGUGGGCUUGACAAGAUCUGGGACUACAAACUACUUGUCUAUGUAACUGACGACAACUUGCUGUCUGGCAGGAAGAAAGCUCAGGCUCGCAUUGAAACAGGGACGGUGACGCUGAGUAUUAGCGUCAUUCCUCACCCCACCACAACUGUCACCACAACCCCCAGGCCCAGGGUCAUCUACCAGGUCCUGAGAAAAAACGUCUAUUCUCCAUCAGCGUGGUAUGUGCCUUUUGUCAUCACUUUGGGCUCCAUAUUGCUUUUGGGACUCCUGGGGUCCCUGUUCGUCCUGUUGGCCAAAGCCAUCCACAGACACUGUCUCUGCAAGACUGGGAAGCACAGGAAACUUCCGGUGAAGCAAGGAGAAAUGAAGGAUACGAAGCCAGAGGUUUUGGUGGAAACAAUCCAGAUGAACUCUGUCUUUGAUGGAGAAGCCAUCGACCCAGUUACUGGGGCAGUAUAUGAAUUCAACUCAAACACGGGAGCCAGAAAGUGGAAAGAUCCCUCAACCCAAAUGCCAACAUGGAAAGAGACUGGCCCCCAGGGAGCUGCUCCCUAUAGAGCCAGGCCACCGAGGAGCACCGGUGAGCGACAUGGGCUGAGCAGCAAAGCCCCGGCUGAGGACAACCCAGUUCCAGAAACCAGGAUGCCAAGCCCAGCACCCCAAAGAGCAGUCAGGGGUUCCUCCAAACUGCACCCAGGAAAGUAA